AUGCUGAUGCGUUCGUGGAUCCUUCAUGCAUGCCAUACGGCCGCGUCCUUCCAUCUCGGCGUACAUCGUACACAGCGUCUGCUCGAGCACUUCUACUGGUGGAUUGGUUUGGAUGGUUCCGUGCGCUGGUGGCUUCGGGCGUGUUUGGUAUGUCAAGCUCGCAAGACUUCACGUCAGACCGCUCGGUGGCCCGUCAUCGCUAUGCCAUUGCCGCAGGGGCCUGGUACGGUCGUCGGCGUCGACUUCUUCGGACCUCUGCCAGUGACUGCCAAGGGCAACUCCUACAUUUUGUUGUUCACAGACCGUUUCAGUCGGAGAGCCGACAUGUUCGCAGUUACAGCGGCGGAAUUUACGGCGAGAGGGACGGCUCACAUCUUCGUCAACCAAUACAUGACCAAGUGGGGAUGUCCGACUACGUUAUUGUCGGACAAUGGACUACAUUUCUGCUCGAAGCUCUCCAUGGCGAUCUACAAGGUGAUGAAGAUCAAGAAGGUCACCACCAGCUCUUACCACCCACAGACCAACGGCGGCACUGAACACGUCAACCACACGAUGGCCCAGAUGCUUGUGGUGGUCGUCAACGAACAGCAAAACGAUUGGGACAUACAUCUCCCGCACGUUGAGUUUGCCUACAACAAUUCCGUGAACCAGUCUACUGGAUUAGCGCCAAACGAGAUCCACAUCGGACGCAUCCCGCGACUCCCGCUUUCGGUCUUCGAUCGUCCCACGGUAGGUGGUCAUCAAAGCUUGGCCCGCGAUCAACUCGAGUAUUGCAACCUGGCUGUCGAUCGCCAGCGCCGGGCCUACGAACUUGUCCGCGAGUACAACGCGCUGAAGAUUUCGCGAGUCGAACACCGCAAUUCAUCCCUGCUGGACACCAUCCACAAGCUCCCUCAGUUUACCGUUGGCGGGUGGGCUUGGGUGUACAACACGGCUGCUACAAUUUGACAGGGUGUGGAGAAGGACACGGACCAACAGGUGCUCAAGGCCAAAUUCGCACUCUCCUGGACGGGGCCCUACAAGGUUCUUGCGGUGGGUCCCACCUCUGCCGACGCCACUCCGGACGGCCCCCCGUUGGCGCAUAAACUCCUCUACCUGGACCUG